UUUAUUUGUUGUAAUUCACCUGUGUAGCUGUACUGUAUGACUGGCAAGACAUUUUGCUGAGAAGAAGGAAUUGCUUGCGUGCACCUGAACAAACAUGGUGAUCGCGAUUGGCUUCGAAGGUAGUGCCAAUAAACUUGGUAUUGGUAUCAUCCGAGAUGGAGAGGUCCUAUCGAAUGUCAGAAGAACGUACAUCACACCACCAGGCGAAGGGUUCCUUCCUCGUGAUACAGCCAAACAUCACCAGGCCAACAUCCUUACUGUGUUGGAUGAAUCGCUAAAGGAAAGUGGUAUUAGCCCACAGGAGAUUGACUGUGUAUGCUACACAAAAGGACCUGGUAUGGGCGCGCCACUCGUCUCUGUUGCUGUGGUCGCACGUACCGUUGCCCAGCUCUGGGGAAAGCCUAUCGUGGCUGUCAACCACUGCAUUGGUCACAUUGAAAUGGGACGUCUCAUCACUGGUGCUAGCAAUCCCACUGUUCUGUACGUCAGUGGGGGCAACACGCAGGUCAUUGCCUACUCGGCCAAGCGCUAUAGAAUCUUCGGCGAGACCAUUGACAUUGCCAUCGGUAACUGCUUGGACCGGUUUGCACGUGUGCUCAAGAUAUCCAAUGAUCCCAGUCCCGGUUAUAACAUCGAACAGAUGGCGAAGAAGGGAAAGAAAUUCAUCGAGCUGCCGUAUACAGUGAAAGGCAUGGACGUGUCCUUUUCUGGAGUCUCAUCUUACAUUGAGAGCAUUGCUGAAGAGAAGAUUGCUGAUGGCACCUGUACGCCGGAAGACCUCUGCUUUUCUAUACAGGAAACACUCUUUGCCAUGCUAGUGGAGAUCACAGAGCGUGCAAUGGCACACUGCCGGUCAGAGGAAGUCCUUAUAGUCGGAGGCGUUGGCUGCAACAAGCGGCUUCAGGAAAUGAUGGGUCAAAUGUGUGUGGAGAGAGGGGCUAAGUUGUAUGCCACCGACAAUAGGUUCUGUAUUGACAACGGAGUUAUGAUCGCACAAGCCGGCUGGGAGAUGUUUCGUGCCGGCAUUGUCACACCGAUGGAAGACACCUGGUGCACGCAAAGGUACCGGACAGACGAAGUGGAGGUGAUAUGGAGAGAUGACUGACCUCUGCAGUGACACUCAUGUACAACUGCUCCUAACAUUAUGACACUCAAAAUCAACUGCCUAUCAGAUAGCCAGUUGUAUAUCGAAUGUUCCCUUUCCCACACGCCCGCACAGUUGUCCUAGUAGUACUGGUAGUAGCAGUGUGUGUGUGUGUGUGUGUGUGUGUGUGUGUGUGUGUGCGUCUGUAGUCGCAUUUCAUUCACUGUGAAGUAUCCACCACUGAAGAGCCCAGAGAUCAGCACAGCUCUGGGAACGAACGACGCGUCGUGUUCGUGGUGUCACUGCGCAACCCACCUGGAAGACGUGUGCGUGCUGUGCUGCUGCGGAAGGCUCGUGCUUCUCUGUUGAGCGGAAAACCUGCAAGUAUUUUGUCUUUUAAAUGGAUUUCUGGUAUCAUGAUUUUUUAAUGCUAUCCUCAAUCUUUACUGUAGGGUAUCAGCUUCCUGUUGAGUUGAGACGCCUUCAUGAGCAUGUUCCAGAUGGUUUUAUUGAUUUGAAUACUGACUUUCUGAUGCCCACGCAUGAGUAAUGUUACACAACUCAGUGUUAAUUAGAAGGCCUCCGCAGCUGGUCAGCUAGCUCUUCAUUGAUUAUCAAAGGUGCUCUGCUGUGUAGAGUUUGAGUGCAGUAGCCUGGCCAUGGUUUAGCUCUUGUUCUGUACAGCUCCUAUUUUUUCCCGGUCUGAUUGUCUUUUGCUGAACUCAGGCAGUCGUCAAAUACGACGCUCUGGCUUAACUGUUUCUUUCUUCUUGACAAUGAAUAAUUAUGGUGAAGAGAACAAGAACAGCAGUUGUGGGCCAAUGUCCUUGCACAUCUGUGAUCAGAGCGUA